UCCACAGAGAGACAGGCAGGGGAGGAGACGUCGACAGAUACAGAUCUCUUUAAAGGAAGAGCUAGCGAGAGGGAGGGUCGAGAUCGAGAGAGAGAGGCGGCCAUGGCGACCUACCGGCCGGACCGAAACACCCUCCUGGCGUCCGACUCGAUCCUUGAGUACGUGCUGGAGACGACGGUGUACCCGCGGGAGCAGGAGCGUGUGCGCGAGCUCCGCCUCAUCACGCAGCGGCACCCGCGGUCCUACAUGGGUUCGUCGCCGGACCAGAUGCAGUUCUUCUCGGUCCUGCUGAAGAUGACGGGCGCCGUGAAGGCCGUCGAGGUGGGCGUCUUCACGGGCUACUCGCUGCUCUGCACGGCCCUGGCGCUCCCGGCCCACGGCAAGGUGGUGGGCAUCGACGUGAACCGGGACUACUACGAGCUGGGCCGGCCCGUGAUCGAGAAGGCCGGCGUCGCCCACAAGGUGGACUUCCGCCAGGGCGACGGGCUCGCCGUGCUCGACGGCCUCAUCGCCGAGGAAGCCGAGGCCGGUGAGGAGAAGUUGUUCGACUUCGCGUACGCAGACGCGGACAAGCUGCAGUACGCCGGGUACCACGAGCGGCUGCUGCGGCUGGUGCGUGUGGGCGGGGUCAUCGCCUACGACAACACGCUCUGGGGCGGCUCCGUGGCCAUGGCACGGGAUACGCCGGGGAGCUCGGAUUACGACCGCGUGGUCAGGGACUACAUGGUGGGGUUCAACGCCGCCGUGGCCGCCGACGACCGCGUCCAGGCCUGCCUCCUCCCCAUCGCCGACGGCGUCACGCUCUGCCGCCGCCUCAAGUGAUCAAUAUAAUGGAUAUGGUUGCGAUUCCUGCCAAAGCUAAGCUAAGCUCCGCGCGGUGCAUCGAUCUGCGGCGGAUGAUUGGUCGGCGGAGCGUCAUAAUCUUUACGAGUUUGUAAGUUGGAGUGCAUGUAUUGCCGGUAGUUCAUCACUUCGUCUCAUCUAGUAGUAGUUCCGUAGUACGUACGUCUUCUUCCUCCGGUCCUGCGAACAUGAGGCAUGAUCGCACGUGCAGGGCCUUGUUGUACCGCGUGCUUUAGCAGCAGGGCGUGCGCACGUCUUUUUUUGUUGUUGUUGUUGUUGCUGCUGCCUGCGAGAAGAGUAUGCGUACGUCCGCUUGUACGGUGGGUCGAGUGAUCUUCUUUGGUCAUGCAUGGUUUGUGUGCGCCUUCGAUCUUUGAUCCGUCGUAUAUUAAAACUUCCUUAUUUUUUAA